AGCUCGGGGAGGGAAUUAAGCGAGAGAGAAAGACUGGGGUUGGGAUUCCUGCGGGGAUCUUAGCGUGAGGGUUAGAUGAAGCUCUUCAGGCAGGCGCAGCUGAAGGAGCAAGAGCAGGGACAAAAGGCGGCUUGCUGAGCAUGAGGACUGUCCAGCCCCUGCCCCUGGCAGUGCGGGUCCCUGCCCUGCAGCAGCUGCCCCAGGGCCUUUCCCUAAGCCCAGCCUAAAGAUCAGCCUCACAAGCACCCCCCUCAAGACGCACAACACUUCGAGGGGAGGAUUUCAGGGAUUGCUGGCCAGAAGCCAUCUGGCUCCGGCAGCCCUGCAGUUCCCCCCUCCCAGCCUUCCUUGGAGCUGAUCUAAGCCCCUCAGCGAGCUCUUUCCCGGUCCCUUCUCAGGGAAGGAAAUGUGUCUGCCUGACAGUGAGCUUGCUCCGGUUACUCUGGAUUGUUUCCUCCAGAGUUUGUGCCCCCAAGACUUUCCCCGCAACCAUGUGAAGCAGGCGGCUGUCCCUUUGUGCUGGGAGGAAGCCUGGCUUUAAAAAAAGGGACCAAACUUGACUGCUGAGGCCACGGGGACUUCUCAGGGCUCCCCACCAACCCUGAAGACAAGCCUGGGGGGCCUGUUCGGGUGUGAUCUGGCGCCAGCGGUGGGAGACCCUCAGCUUGUGGGGAGCAGAGCCUCUGCCCUUCAUCAUGGGCGGGUUAACAGGAGAGGUCUAGACGACCUGCUGAUUUUUCAGGGCCAGCGAGAUGGCUGAAGUUGGUCUAAGCGACCCUGCUGUAGAUCCCAAGCUCUUUCCUAGAGUAGAGUGGACGCUGAACUGAUCCCCUUCUGGGUUCUCUGCCUUUGCUGUGGGACCAACAGCAUGGGGAACAGUGGCUCAGCGGUGAAGGUCUGCACUGAACACCAAGGAGGCAUCAACUGGCUCAGUUUGAGUCCAGAUGGGCAGCGGCUGCUGACUGGCAGUGAGGAUGGCACUGCACGGCUCUGGAGCACUGCAGACAGCCAGUGCCAUGGCCACUUCCAAGGGCAUGAAAGUUACAUCACCUUUUGCCACUUAGAAAAUGAGGCUGCCUUCACCUGUAGUGCAGAUCAUACAAUUAGGAAAUGGGAUGUGAUGACAGGCCAGUGUCUGGCCAUUUACCGUGGCCACACAUCAAUUGUUAACAGGAUCUUGGUUGCCAAAGACUAUCUCUUUAGUGGCUCCUAUGAUAGGACAGCCCGGUGCUGGAGCGUGGACAAAGAGAAGCAAAUCCAGGAAUUUCGUGGCCAUCGGAACUGUGUCCUGACUCUGGCUCACUACUCUUCCAAGGAUGUUCUAGACGAGUCGGAGGAGGAGGAAGAGAAAAUGAGCACAGACCUCCUGGUGACAGGAAGCACAGACUGCACUGUUAAGGUCUGGUGGGUAUCCAGUGGUCGCUGCUAUCAGACUCUGCUGGGACACACCGGUGCUGUAUUAUGCCUCAUACUUGAUGCGCCAAACAGGGAGCUGUUUUCUGGCAGCACAGAUUACACUAUCCGAACGUGGAAUAUUGUGACUGGCGAGCAGUUAAAAGUGUUCAAGGAGCAUCAAGGAUCAGUUAUUUGCCUAGAGCUAGUGAAUCGGCACUUGUAUUCGGGGAGUGCGGACCGGACAGUGAAGUGCUGGUUAGUAGACACUGGGGAGCGAAUCCAAACGUACAAGGCUCACAAACACAGCGUUAGCACUUUGAAAUACCAUGCUGGGAUCUUGUUUACAGGAAGUGGCGAUGCCUGUGCCCGCGCUUUCAAUUCCAAGACGGGUGUCCUGCAGAAGAUCUUCCGAGGACACAAGUUCAUCAUAAACUGCAUUCAGAUUCACAAUGAAUUAUUAUACACAGCUUCCCACGAUGGCACGCUAAGGAUCUGGGACAUACGAGGAAUCUGCAAGCGGAACAAGAGGCGGCUGAAGAAGGAGAGGUCUGUCCAGGUCAGGAGUUCCCAGAAGGGCAGUCUGUCGCGCCUCUUCAACAACAAAGUUGGCUGCAUGGUGCAGCAGGAGAAUGGAGAGUGCGAGGCCAUUGAGCUGGUGUGACUGCCUGUCUGGCCGUGACCAAAGCUGACGUAUUUCUUUCCUAUGCCACUGGGUGCAGAUGAGCCAGAGCUUGGAAAGGGGGUAGGGCUGGGAGAUGAACUCGCUUGCUGUGGUCGGGCAGGAGCUCAGCUUUUGUGACUGUGAAGCAGACUCCGCUCAGGCUGCCUCUUACUGAUGACUCGCAGCACCUCUCUGUAUCUCAGCGCAAACUAAAACAGCCUGAAUGACUGGCCGGCCCUGGGGCAAGCAUUGGGGUUGGGAGCCAUUGCUGAGCAGGGCCCAGGUUAUCCACCUUCCCCCAUAUUUUGAGUGUGAUUAUGACUUGUAUUUGCCUGCUUUCAAUUCCAGUUCCACCCCACUGCAGCCUGACAUUGCUGCGUGUUAAGAGAGAUGCUGCAAGGCAGUGAGCGGAUAGAUUUUCUCCUCCUGUCUCGGCUGCUUGUUCUCCCGUGCCACUGUUCAGCCGAAUGUCUAAGUGAAAGCUGCCUUGCAGACAGCUCUGAAUUUAAUUUUCUCAGCUAGCUUUGGGAUUCACCCUGCUGUGACUCAGGCAAAGAUAGCGUGGCUGAGGCCCAGAGCAGCAUUCAUCCCUCUCAGGGGCUUUAACUUGAAGAACUGAGAAGGGGGCUUUUAAAAAGCAGCCAGCCAGCCACUAACUGGCAUCUAAGGCCUAAUCUUGAAUCAGACCUGAACAUCUUCAGAAGCACGGAAAACUACCCCGUUCCCAGCAAGCCAAGAGAUUCAACUGGGCUGCUACUUUUAAGCAUCCCAACACCCUUCACAGGGCAGCAGCAGGGGCCUCCACUUUCUGCAGUGCUAGGAGGAGUGGUGUGCUACUAGCAUCUCCCCAACUCCACACACAGCUCUGGAGGGGUGCAGAGCAACAUGUGGCUUCCAUGGGGGGCCUUGUCCCUGCUUUGUGGGAGGUGAAAAGAGAGUUUUCAUGGCAAGACUUUGUUCCCAGUGUGAAAUAGUGGGGAUCUGAGCAAAUGCAGCCCACCAGCACGUGUGCAUGGGACCACAUCUGUCUUCUCUGUUAGGCCUGGGUCACUAUCUCCUUCCAAAGCCCUUGCAUCUCUCAGAAGUGCUGCAUGUGCCAGGACUCGGGCUGCAGGAAUGGGAAUCAGGGUGCAGGCAUAUGAGUAAUUUACCAUGGAGCAAAAAUGGGCAGGGAUUUAUUGCACAUCAGCUGAGUUGUAGUAGGCAUCCACAUGCACCAUGUUCUUACACCGUGAUAAAGGGAAGUUAAACCGUGGUAACUUACCCCCCUUUCAUCCAAGGCAAAACUGCAGGGGCUUUGCUUCCACACACCACAGGGUAAGCACUUGCUUGUGAGCAGUUACUGCAGAGUAGCUGAAGCCCUGCUCUUUUCUACGCUGUGAUAAGUUGUUCCUAUGUGGAUACCCCUGGGCAGUAUCCUAGGACCAGUAGUGUCUUUAGGCUUGGCUAAGCACUUACCUAGGGGUGCUUCUCUCAGGCUUUUCCAGAUUUGUUCUUCCUGAUAACCACUGAGCCAUGAAUAUACAAGUGUCCUUAUUGUUGCAGAUACAACACACUCUCUAGAAUCAGUGAAAUGACUAGUUAUGCGUGUGUUUUAUUUUUGUGGCUUUAUUUAUUCCGUCCUGUGGCAAGAUUAAAAUGCUGUAAUACUUUUUUAUGAUUGAGUAAUAAACACAUGGCAUCUACAGAUAAC